UUCUCUUUCUCUCUCUAAUUAUAAUAAAAAGACUGCCUUUUCUCCUCCCUAGAAAGAACCCAUUUUUCUCUAAAAUUCUCUCUUCAGAUUUCAUAACCAGAAAUCAACAAAUUAAUUUGUUUGAUGCAGUUCAACUAAUUCAAAAUGAUCAUCGUUGAUAUACAGAGUUUAUGUAACCACCAUGGUAUCAUCAUCUCAACCUCACUCAUCUUCUUCCUCCUCCACUCCGUCGGAGCACAACUACCAUCAACACCUCCGCCGCCGGGCCAAUUUCCAUAUCAAUUCAACCCAUCAGUCGCCGCCAUCAUAAUAGUCCUAAUCGCCGCCCUUUUCUUCAUGGGUUUCUUCUCCGUAUACAUCCGUCAGUGCUACGACAUCUCACCUAACAACGGCGGUAACAGUGUCCGCCGCGCCGGAGGAAUCGGUGCCUCCUUGAGACGUAGAGGGGCAACUCGUGGACUCGACCAAACCGUAAUCGAGAAUCUUCCCACGUUUCCUUACUCCGAGGUUAAAGAAUUGAAGAUCGGAAAAGGCGCGUUAGAAUGCGCAGUAUGCUUGAAUGAAUUCGACGAUGAGGAAAUUCUCAGACUAUUGCCUAAAUGCGAUCACGUGUUCCACCCUGAGUGUAUCGACGCUUGGCUAAAAUCACACGUCACCUGCCCUGUUUGCCGGUCCGAUCUCGCCGCCCAGACGGACGAAACACCGGUUGAAAACCCUGAAUCGAUUCCGGAACCGCCCGUUGAAAACCCAGUAGUUGAAGAGGUCGCAAUUCAGAUUGACGAGGAGAGAAUUGAUGAAAACGAUCGUAAUCGGUAUCCGCAACUAGUUGACCGUGCCCGGAGCUUUAACCAAAUCCGACCGCCGCCGGUAUCUAAAUCAAUCCGAGGAUGGCCGUUUUGGAGUAAGUUUCCCCGCUCCCACUCGACCGGUCAUUCUCUAGUUCAACCAGGGGAGAACACAGAUCGAUUUACCUUAAGGUAAAGCUCCAAUUCUUACCCAAAAAUAAACCCAUGUUACAAAUUUGUUUAUCAAACAUUUACACCAAAAUGAGUUUGAAAAUAAGUUUUUCGUGUUUCGGAAAUGAUCAAUUGCAAUUUCUGUAGGUUACCGGAGGAUGUCAGAAAGGAAGUCAUGACCCGAGCAUUGAACCGGACAAGAAGUGUAUUACUACCGACAGAAUUAAGUACUCGAAAAGGUUAUAGAAGCGGUUGGGUUUCACAGGAAGGGAGUAGCAGAGGAAUAAGGACUGAAAGCAACGGUCGAUUCAGCGGCGGUGGGAGAUCGGACCGGUGGGUUUUCACGAAACAGCCGCCGUUUUUCAGUCGGGCAUUAUCGGUUAAAUCCCCUAGAGUGGCGGCGGAUGGAGAAGGGUCAACUUCUGUAAGGACACCUAGAAAUGGUGGGUCAAAGUUGCCAUCGUUUAAGUGUUUGGAACCAAACACAAAAGACGAUGAAACCGGUUUGGUUUUGGCCGAUUCAAAUAAAAACCCGGUUCGAGAAGAUGAACUUCAUCAGUGUUGAUGGUUGAUUAAAUUAAGUUAACUGAACCGACAAGUUCGGUUUUCAGUUUUUAAUUAUCAAUUUUGUGAUGCACAGAUUGUUGUAAUAUGGGAAGAUAUGGGAAAUGGGAAGUAUUUUUAAGUAAUGUUUUGUGAUUUUAUACUUAAAAUGUAAUAUUAAAUUUAUUUACAUUUACUUAA